UAGCUCUCGGACUCGUGUAAUUCUGCCUACUUCGUACAUUCAUCCGCUCUUGUCUUGUCUUGUCUCUCUCUCUAACACUUCACUCCUCACCUGAAUAACUUCACAACAUAAUCAUCGUGUACAUCUCACUAUACUUUGUUCCAUCCAAUCUGCAAUCACAAAUCGAAACGUAUAAAUUCAUCGAAAUAUCCCACCUUGUUGAUAGCACUCCAUAGCUCCUUUCACAUACAAUUUACCCCUCAUUCAAUCCGACAAAUCACAACGCAAACAUCAACUCAACAACUGCAAUCAUGGACCGACCCAAGAAGCCAACCGCUCUCUCUGCCACUCCAGCUCCCACACCCCAUCCUCAAAUAAACACCACUCAUUCCAAUUCACGCGUCUCGGCUGUCCUCCCCACCGGCGAAUCAAUUGAAAUCCUUCUCUACGGCGCCACAAUCAUAAGCUGGAAAGAUGCCGCUGGAAGCGAAAAACUCUGGCUUAGCGAAAAAGCUGCACUCGAUGGUACAAAAGCGGUGCGCGGUGGUAUUCCUCUAGUAUUCCCGGUAUUUGGAAAAGUCGAGGGUGAGGAAGGUAAGGCGAAAGGUGUUGAUACUUUACCCCAACAUGGCUUUGCGCGCAAUUGCAGAUGGGAGUUUUUGGGAAAGAGUACAAGUGAGAGUACUAUUAAGGGACAGGAGGGUGGUAGCAGUGUUAAAUUGGAUUUUGGAUUGAGUGCUAGUAAUCUGCCAGAAGAGACGAGGAAGCUGUGGGGUGGUGAAUUUGGUUUGAUUUAUAGUGUUACUCUUGGUAGAGAGAGUUUGGGAACGAGUAUGGUGGUUAGGAAUGAGGGUACCACGGCUUGGGAGUUUCAGAUCUUGAUGCACACUUAUUUGAAGAUUGAGGUAUGUUUCCUUUACACUAAUUUAUUCAUUCUGCAAAUGGUUAUGCUAAUCUGCGACUGGUAAUAGGAUAUUUCCCAAAUCUCCAUCAAUGGUCUCGAGAAUGCAACUUAUGUUGAUAAACUCACCGAACCAAUUUCCACAAAUACUGCUCCCUCCGAACCUCUUACCAUCUCUGCCAAAACCGACCGUGUCUAUACUCCAGCUGGUGGACCAUCUACCGAAAUUAUUGUUUCUGAAGGAGGAAAGAAGAAAUACACAGUUGCUAGAGAUAACAUGAAUCAAGUCGUCGUAUGGAAUCCUUGGAUUGAUGCCAAAGAUAUCGGAGAUUUCGCUCCAAAAGAUGGAUGGAGAACAAUGAUUUGUGUCGAAGCUGGAUCUGUUACUGGAUGGCAGAAAUUGGAAGCUGGUGAAACUUGGGAAGGUGGACAAAUUAUUACACUUGCUAAUUAGCAAUUCAUGAAUGGGAUGAAUUUGAUAUCACGAAUUUGAUAUCAUAAAGAACAAUGUUUUUGGGCUGGAAGGGAAUCUUUUUUGGGAGGGUUGCGAGUUGAAGGUGCUUUACUACGCAAUGGUAUAUUUGAUGAAAGGGGAUAUUUCAUAGUGUUAGGCUAGUAGAGAUUUUGUUAGAUAAAUGAAUUAUUAUGGUAUUCAUGAUUUUAGAGCUGCUAUGAAGUA